UGCGCUCGAACCGGGGCCGCGGCCGCUCCGCCAGGCUCUCCCCGCUGCAUCAGGAGGUGCUGCCAAAAAGUGUCGAGGAUGGGCCGGCGCUCCUCGGACACGGAGGAGGAGAGCAGGAGCAGGAGGAAGAAGAAGCACCGCCGGCGCUCCUCCUCCAGCAGCUCCUCGGGCAGCCGCAGCUACGGCCGCAAAAAGGCGGGCAGGAAAUCCAGGUCCAGGUCACGCUCUCGGGAUCUCCAGUCCUGGUCCCAUUCCUAUGAGAAAAGGCGCAGACACAGAUCCAGCAGCUCCUCCUCCUACGGCUCCAGGAGGAAGCGCAGCCGCUCCAGGGGCAGAGGCAAAUCCUACAGAUCCCAGAGGUCCAGGUCCAAGAGCAGAACCAGGAGGUCCCGGCAGCGUUCCUGCAGCCGCAGCAGCGAGAGGAGCGGCCACAGGAGAACCCCCAGCGGCUCCCGGGAGCGCCGCCGGCGGGACAAGGACAAGGACAAGGACAGAGCCAAGGACAAGGGCAGAGGAAAGGAGAAGGAGACUCAUGGCACCAAGGCUGGGGACUCUGCAAACAUCAAAGCUGGAUUAGAACAUCUGACUCCUGCUGAACAGGCCAAGGCCAGGCUGCAGCUGGUGCUGGAGGCAGCUGCUAAAGCAGACGAAGCCUUGAAAGCCAAGGAGAGAAGUGAAGAAGAAGCCAAGAGGAGGAAGGAAGAAGACCAAGCCACCCUCCUGGACCAGGUGAAGCGAGUGAAGGAAAUCGAAGCCAUCGAGAGCGACGCCUUCGUCCCACAGACCUUCAGGUCCAGCAAAGAAGUCAAAAAGUCAACAGAACCUGCUGAACUCCAGCAGGAGCCUGUGAAUGUGGGAGCAGGAACCACUGAGGCAGAAAAAGAGAAAGAGCCUCCAGCUGCCAACAUCCCCACUGCCAUCAAAUACCAGGAUGACAAUUCCUUAGCACAUCCAAAUCUGUUCCUGGAGAAGGCAGAGGCAGAGGAGAGGUGGUUCCAGCGGCUGGUGGCUCUGCGCCAGGAGCGGCUGAUGGGGAGCCCCGUGGCCUGACAGCUGCAGCACCCCCGGCCC